CCCUGACACACUUAUCGAGUCGAAAGUUGCUUCGUCCUUGUUUCUCGUUGUCUGACGGCCUCGGUCCGUCUCCUUCUUGCCCUGAGGACGCCAUUGGUCGAGUCUUCAACUGUUUACAUUCCGCCCUGCCAAAACAUUUUGCCUGCAUCGACGCUGCAUCAGUCGAGUACAGGAUUGUAUUGUGUUUGAAAGUGAAAAGGAAGUUUACGUCUCUAAUUAUCAGGAUGCCAAAAGUGAAAUCAGAAAAACGCGGUGUGGACGCUGAGGAAAAGAACGGAUCCUCGAACGGCGAGAAGAAGUCCGGGUGGUCGGGAGGUCAUCUGUUCGGCAGCGAGACGACCGAAACUACUUUCCAGGGCGCCGGUUUCAAGGACAAGGAAAAAGCACUUGAGACACUUCAUCUGCUGGAGGGACGCGACGUCACGUUCCAGUUCCAGAUCAUCAACUCCAUGUUCCAUCGCGCGAAAGUUAUUCACAAGCGCACGAAAGAUCCCGAGAAAGUUCGUAACCUGGCCGAGGCAAUCGAUACUUUCGAGAAAUGGUUGGACGAUUACCGAUCCCACAGCCGUGCCAAGGAGAACCUCACCUACCUGCCUCUGGACGUGGUGCAGGCCUUCAAGCCGUUGGCUGACAGAUACGACAUCAAGACAGAGGUACCCGGCGUCGAGGCCAACUUUCUGAAGGUCUACCUCGAGGCGGAAGGCGACCUGAAGAAAUUACGCGUGCUGAAGGUGAACUCUCACGACGAGAAGUCCAUCACGUGGGACGUUCAUCGCAAUAAGAAUCUGAAGCCACUUGUGGAGCGUAUCAAAGGCGAAGAUGCACCUCCUCUGUAUCGCGCUGAAGGGAAAGUUAAGGGCUUGCCCUCAAGAGAGCAUGUGGAGCUCGUGAUGUGGGGAUACAGCCCUGAGGUGACUAAACUGAAGAAGACGAUCCCGUUGUUGAAAGAGCUCGAGGGCAAAGAUGCCAGUGGUCUCAUAACCUCAGAGUGAAUGACGGAUUCUCUGUUACGUCACCGCCUUGUUGUCCUGUGUCGUGGGUGUUAAAGAUGUCUGUCAGAAAAAUUGAAGUUCAGGAUUCAAGGGACCAGAAUUUAUGUAAAUAUUAAGCUUAUUGUCCGCGUGUUGGAUCUAUUCAGGUUUGAAGGUUGGCUAUACUAACUGGGUUUUAUCAGUGGUUUUUUCCCCAGUCACCAUAAUGCACUACAAAAGUACCUAAUAACAAUAGUAAGUUUUUCAUCGUGCUUCAUAUUUCUCAGUUUCUACUAACGCAGUGAAUGUCUGAUAAAAAAGUAGAUUAAGUUUCCUGUCUGCCCUUAAAUAAUCUCACGAUAAUGCGUACUCAAGUGAGAGAGUGAAAGGACGAGGCCUCCUGGCACUAAUAAGUGUUUCAGAGGAGUAAUGUGCUGCUGAUUCAGCAUUAUGUAAAUAUUGUAAGAAGAUUUUGAGGUUAGGAGACCAUUCUGUAAGCUCUAAUUAUCUUACGCAAUAAUUUAUGUACAUCUGUGACACUUCGUAAACACGUCUUAGAAAAAUAACAUUGUUGGAUACGGAUCUGAUCCUUGAUGACGUAAUCUGAUUACAUUCUCCGUCGCGAAACUUUCUAGGUUAUGUGUUACGUGAUGAAGGUUGAUAGAACCAUUUCCUGUUUCAGAAUAUAUCUAUAUAUUCGUGUCUAAUAUAUAUUCAUUGUUUGUGUCGGUAAUUGUAUCAUUAUGUAAGAGUACAGUUCGUAAUGUUUGUGUGUUUAUUUUAUUAUAUUCAUUUCUCCCUUUAUAUGGUUGUAUGAAAUAAAUUGUUUAAAAUAACUUAUAAUACGUGUGUGCUGAUGGUCUUAUGUGUUCUGGAAAGCUAACUGUGUCAUGGAAUGUAAAUUGUUUUUGAAAAGUUCAUUAUUGUUAUUUUAUUUGAGAUAAGAAUAUCUAUUUAUUACAUAUAUGAAAAUGGUAACAAUUAGACAUGAUUCGAAAUUUCUUUCAGAUGUCUAAUUUGUUUAUCAGCAAAGAUAUUUCUGUUGUAGUCUGACACUUAGUUACGAGUACCUCAAUAAUUGUGUAUGUGUUGUGAAUUAACAUUAUUGUGAAUACAUCUCUGUAUUUUUAUUUA